AUGAUCGAGAACAGCGCUCUAGGCAAGGAUGAGAACUUUGUGCUGGCUUGGAAAAAAGGAAUAGCAAUUUUGACAGCUGGUACAACUAAGGUGACCCCGGAAGAACGUAUCCGGAUCGUCGAAGGAUACAAUUUGGAGAUCCGCAACGUGCAAAUCAACGACGCUGGCAAUUACAUAUGCCAGAUUGGAACACUUGAACCAGUAGAGUUAAAACACACGCUGCAAAUACUCAUUCCACCGAGGAUCAUUGGUAUAACAUCAAAUGGAAAAGUGAGUGCAAAAAAAGGGUCAGAUGUGACUCUUCAAUGCAAUUCGACAGGAAAUCCACCACCAACAAUCACAUGGUCUCGUAAAAACAAUAUGCUUCCGAAUGGUGAAAAAACAUUUGUUGGAAACUCGUAUACAAUUGACUCUGUCCGAAGACAAGCCGAUGGAGUUUACAUCUGUACCGCAUCAAAUAAUAUCGGAACGACCGUGAAUGAAGAAAUCGAUCUAAAUAUUCUAUAUCCUCCGGAAGUUAAAGAAGAACAAUCUAUUGUAUUCACUGUGGAAGGACAAGAAACUGAAAUCGUCUGCAUAGUACACGCGGAGCCUAAAGCCGAUGUUUUGUGGUAUAGAGACACAUUGCAGCUGGACAUGACCGAAUGGCGGAUUACUGACGUCAGAGGCAACCGAUACACUUUACGCUUGAGAAAAGUGCAAAAGACCGAUUUUGGCAAUUAUUCUUGUGUGGCCGAUAAUGGACUUGGCAAAAGCAAACGAUCCAUCGAAGUGACUGGAAGACCAGACGUCGCGGUCAUCACCAGCUCGAAACAAAGCCGUUCAAAAAAUUCAUACGAAAUGUUAUGGACAGUGAAAAGCUACAGCCCGAUUAUAGAAUACAAAUUACUUUACCGUCCGGACAAGACAAACAAGAGCAACCAAGAAAUCCAGUAUAAACGUCCCAUGAGAAGAUGGAACGAUGAUUGGACAGAACUGUUGCUUAACCCUGCAUCCACCGACCAAUUGGAAAAGAGCCGGACUGAAACCAUCCGAGACUUGGACCCUGGCACCAAAUACGAGGCAACCGUUCAAUCCAGAAACCGCUAUGGUUGGAGCGAAGUUUCCCAAUCUUUCUUCUUCACCACCAGCACAAAGAACGAAGCACACCCAGGAAAUUCAGUUCUUUCCGACCCAGAAUUGAGAGAUAUGAGCAUCACUGCUAUUAACAACAAGGCGGCUCCUAAGACCAUCCAAACACCAUUGCUUUGCAUCAUGGCUAUGGUCACCUACUAUCUUGCUUAAAUUCCAAAAAUAAAGCACCACACGUCCCUACCUAUACCCUCCAUAUGUUUUCACGGAUAACCUUCUUCACCGCAACCCAUCAUCGAAACAUGGACCACACCGAAAAUCCUUCACUAUACCAUACCGUCUACUUCAAGAUACCACGCACUACAUUAUAAAGACUCCACGUAGUUAUAGUAACAAUAUACGACACUGACAUACUAUACUACUAGCCGAUUGAUAUUGUUCUCAAUUCGUAUGCACGUGAUCUAUUAAAGGUUAAAUUAAUAAUUAUAAUAAUUCUACCACCGCCAUUGUAGUCCGCACGUCGCAUCUAUUACACUCUAAUAAUACGACAGCAGUAGUUCAAAGUACCAUUCUGUUUCAAACGUCCUGUCUCCAGUAGAACAUUUAUGCUUACCCGCCCAAAAUAACCAAUCGAACGUUGUUCAUCUAUUAUGAGUCGGUUAUGCAACUUGACUUUCUGCCGGUUGAUUAAUAUCUUGGCAAGGCUCCUGCGCCCUCCAAGUGCUUGUAACUUCAUUUAAAUAUUUGAUGGAUUUUAAAAUUGAAACAAUACUAAUUCUUAUUCUCAUUCACUCAGCAGUACCAAACGCCUUGUAUUUACCCCCUCCUAAUCCUCCUCCUCCUCCACCACCUCCUCCUCCUCCCCCCCAGGUUCAUGUACGGUUUUAUUUUUACUUGUCCAGAAAGAUACUAUUUCUUACCUAAAUCACUUUAGUUUCGUCACUUAAGUUGUUCUUUUCAUUAUCUUUUUUCUGAAUGUGACCAAAACCCUGAGCCAAUAAAACUCAAAUCACGCUAAAGACUGUCUUCUUUGAAUCCUUCACUCGGUGUUGUCCUAAAAUGUAUCUUUACGAUAACGAUCAAUACAACUAUAUGAUCAUCAUUCAUCGUACACCGAUGAACAUCGACACAGUUUUUUACAAACUCUCUAUAAUGAGUUUAGUAGAUGUACGAUAAACUGCAGAGACCAGCAUAAUACCGGGACGAUAAAAUAUCUAUGAAAAAAACAAUUCAAAAUAAAAUAGCGACAUCAUAUACAUUAAUAUAUGCAAGGAUCACUAGGCGCCUAUUUAUAAGCUGUACAAGAAUCGCGAGUUUCAAAAUGGUUAUUACUACAGUCAUUAAAAUAAAAUGGCCAAUGUUAAUUAAUUAUAACGAUAUAAUGUACAUUACGCCAUCAGUGACAAAUAUUAAAUAUGCUUUUGAAUGACAUUCCUGAAGAAUUUUGAGUGAUCAAAUUUUAGCAGCUAUAUCUAUGAAACAAUAUAAUUUUAAUCGGCCAGUGAUAAGUAAAAAUCAAAAUUAGCAUACAUACAAAUUAAUUAAAACUAAAAACCAAUCACUGUGCAUUACCCUAAUGCCACACAUAUAAAUAAUAUUAAGCACCAAUAUUAUACUAAUAAUUUACCUUCUAUCAGAAAAUAAUUCCAAAAAUAUUAAACGAUUAAUUCUUAGCCAAUUGUUUAGCCGUGUUAGACGUUGUGUUAUUCGAUUAAGUAAUAUUGUUUCAUCAUGAAUAUUAUGGAAAAACUUCAAGAGUAUUUAAAUUAUGUUCUCAGUUGUACAAUUGUGUCUUUCGAUGGUUUUACCUAUAACCAAAAUUAAUUUUUAAUAAACU